UAUAUAUGUUUUUAUUCAAUACGUGUCAGUAUAAAAAUUAGGAAAAAUGAGAAAACUCACACUUUUCAUAUCGUAAAACAAAUGAUUUUUUUCAAAAAAUUUAUCCCUGCAAAAAACCACCAAGAAAAACAUAAAAAAUAAAUAAAACGUGAAUUGUCGUACCAGAUUUGACAGCCCGGACAGCUCCUAUACACCUUGUGCAAUUCUGACCGCUCCGUAUUUCGACAGCUCUCGCUCGAUUUCGUUCACUCUCUCGCUCUUGCUUUGUAUGCCCGUCAAGAAAAACACAGUACACGCACACAACGGAGGGGGCAGAUUCGUACGGUGGUUCACAAUUUUCACGCUCGCAAGCCCUCCGCCGCGUGAGCGUGUGUAUAUCUCUAUUUGCAAACAUUCGCGCAUUGAUAAAACAAGUGUUGUGACUAAAAUACUGUCUGUCCGGCUGGUUCCCAGUACGCACCUUCUCGAUGGAACAUGACUUCAGCAGAAACAUGAAAUCGACUCAUUGACCCCCCUCCAACACAACUUCCGUCUCAGAACGUUGAACAGUACACGAUGGAGCAAUGCAAUAACGAUCGUCCUUGUGUUAUCAGUAGUGGAAACUUUUUUCCCCAGAACUCCAAGUCGAAACAGCAGCAGCAGCAACACACACAGGCAAUCAGCAAGCAUCUAACGCAAAAGGAUGACCCGCACCUGCACAGCCCGCACCAUCAGGAUCAGUCGUCGCUCGGCGAGAUCGAGGUGAUUCUCGUGCAGCAGCACAAACAGGACGCCCUAUCGGUGAUCAUCCAUCCGCAGGAGAGCAUGCAGCAGAUCAACAUGUGCCUGGGCAGCCAGAACCCGGGCUCGGUCGACUCGAUGAUGUCGUCCGACUUUCAGACGCUCUCGCCGAUGCACGACCGGGACUCGCCGGUCAGCCUCAACACGAACACCUCCUACGCGACCCUGACGCCCCUGCAGCCGCUGCCCCCGAUCUCGACCAUGUCGGACAAGUUCGCGUACUCGAUCGGUGGCAACAUCUGCGAGGCCUUCCCGGGCAUUAACAGUGGUGCGGUCGGGGUAAACAUCGAGAUCAACUCCUGCUACAACCUGGAAAAGCUGGGCGUCAUCCAUUCGCCGGUGCACCUGAACGCGGUGCAGGAACUGUCGCCGGACGGGAGUGAUGUGCAUUCGCAUCACCAUCAUCACCAGCAGCAGCAGCAGCAGCAGCAGCAGCAGCAUCAUCACCACCAUCACCAUCACCAUCCGCAGGACGUGCUGCAGGAAAGCAAGACGCACGGGUUGAAGGAUGCGCUGAAGGAUCAUAUGGUGGCAGCUAGUGAGAAGGACACGAUCCCGGACGAUGUUGGGAAGGGUGGUGGUGGUGGUGGUGGUGGUGGGGGGGCUGGCAGCAAUAAUGGUGGUGGAGGAGACCCGUGUAUAUUGGUACGUGCCUCACCGCUACCGGCCGGUCUCGGUUCGGUCGACGAUCGGUUCCUUGGGUCGGGGAAGGGUGCGGAGCUGGUGGUGCGGCACCCGAAGGACGAUGGGGAACAGUUUAGCGGCACAGUGCAAUACCUGGAUCAUCCGAACGGUUCGGACGUGCUACAACACGGCACCAACGGGUCCGGCCCGGGCGGAGGUGAUAGUAGUGGUGGUGGAGGAGGCGGAGGAGGCGGUAGUGGAGGUGGUAGCGGUGCCGGCAACGGUAUGGGAGGCAUCCUGACAGGCAAGGAGCACCAUCAGUCGGUGUUUCUUAACAAGUCUUUCAGUUCAAAAACCAACAUAAGCGACCUUAACCUGUGUAAAGAGAUUGUUAUCGACGACGUGUACGAGGAGUCGGAGCUGGACCACGUAAAGCUGGAGGAGAAAAAGCUGGAGGAAUCGUGCAAUCAACAACUGACCAAUGGGGGCGGUAGCGGCAGUCUCGGCGGGAAGAGCGGGUCGUGCGUGUCGCUCGGGGACGUCGGCUGCAUAAACGGUGACAUCGAGGAGAUCAACACGAAGGAACUGGCGCACCGGAUCAGCUCCGAGCUGAAGCGCUACAGCAUCCCGCAGGCGAUCUUCGCGCAGCGGGUACUGUGCCGGUCGCAGGGCACCCUGUCCGAUCUGCUCCGGAACCCGAAACCGUGGUCGAAGCUGAAGUCGGGCCGCGAAACGUUCCGCCGGAUGUACAAAUGGAUACAGGAACCGGAAUAUCAGCGAAUGUCCGCACUCAGGCUCGCAGCAACUCAAUCGGCGAAACCAGUUAACUCUAAGAAGCCAGAAGAACCCGAAAACCACGUCAUGAUGGGACACACGAAAAAACCUCGACUAGUCUUUACAGAUCUGCAGAGAAGGACCCUUCAGGCAAUUUUCAAAGAAACUAAGCGGCCUUCAAAGGAGAUGCAAGUUACUAUCGCUCGUCAGCUGGGACUGGAGCCCACAACGGUCGGCAACUUUUUCAUGAACGCACGGCGACGCUCGAUGGACAAAUGGAAGGACGAGUCGAUGAAGGGUCGAAGCAGUAGUAGUGACAAUGUUAUACUAGAGCACCUGAAGGACGAUUCGUCCGACGAGAACCUGGGCUACGAUAGUGCGUUCGUAUCCGGCGACGGUCCGCUGGAGCACAACUAUCAGCAGCACGUUCUCAACUAAAGCAAAGUAAGCAAAACAAAAAAAAACUUAAAUCAAUUCCCUUAUUUAAUUUAUAAAUUAACUAGAGAAAAAAAACAAACAAACAAAACAAAACUAAAGCAAAGACAAAGCAAAAGUCACGUCAAAGAUUUAGUAGAGGAAUGCAAAAGAACAAAUAACAAACAAAACAAAAUGGCCCCUCUAUCCUCUCCCAUGCGCAAAGCAAAUGGAAAGCUGGCAAAAAAACACACUCACACAAACACUAAGCUAAUGGAAAAGAGUUGAAAAAAAAAAGUUAGAGAAAAAUCAGUGCUAGAUAAAGCAAAUGAAACAAACGAAAGAUUAACAGAAGAAAACAAAAACAAGCAGCUAACUCAAACAAAAUACACACACAUACAAAAAAUGAGAAAACCAAAGCUGAAGAGAAAAACACACACACACACAACAUAAGGAAGCACUCAACACGCGUACCCAACAAAAAAUAAGUACACUUAUGCCAGAAGUAAUUGCAAAGAAAACAUUAUGUAGGAUUAUUCAGAGUAAUUGGAAAAGUAAAAAAAGCAACAAAAACUAUAUGUACGGUGCAAAUUGGCGAAACUAAUCAGUAAAAGUGUAGGAGCAAACACACACACACACACACACACGCGCGCGCAAACUACAAUUGCCAUAGAAAAUCUGAGUCUGAGCUAAUGUUCGAACACUAGAGAAAAUCAGUCAAAGUCAGCGAGCGAACGAAACGCUGCUAAAGCGCUACUAGUGCAGCCCAAGAGACAAACAGACUAACCAGAACCAUCGUAGAUGUGGGUGUGUAUGUAUGUGUGUGUGUGUGUGGGUGCUAUCCCAUUGAGGAACUGCUUGUGAGAGUAAUAUCGUAUGGAUUUUUGCGGUUUUUGCGUUUGCUGAAUUAUGAAAAAAGAGGAUGGAAAGUAUUGAACUAUUAUUGUUUGUUUCGUUUCAAUUUAUCCGUCUAAGUAAAUGCGAGAAAGUAAUUAUGGCGGAGGCGGUAGUUGAAAGUUCGUAUAUGAGCACUUUACGUCAAAACAGUACAUUCCUCUAGCUUUACCACACAUACGGAAAAAGGAAGAUGAAUAAAAACACACACACUCAUACACAAAAACACACACACUAUAUUACGUUACGUGAUAGAUUGGCUUAUUUAAAAAAAAAACGGAAGAAAAUACACAUAUACUGAAACACAGAAUACAAGCAAAAAAAAAAAAAGAAACUAAUAAUUAAAUGCCUCCUGUAGUCUGACUCACUGUCGAGAAGAUGCUAUAGAAUCCUGGCUGGGAUCCUAGUGAAAGCAAAACAUCAACAAACAAAAGGAACACUCACACACACACACACACACACACACGAACAAACAUAGAAAAAAACCUGCAAUAUGUAACUCAGCAAACAACAAACUAGGAGUAGCGACAACAAACAACAACAAAAAAAAAAGAAAGAAAACAAAGCAAACCAGCAGAAAAUUCCAAAAAUUGUACAUGUACUGUAAAAUUGAAUGCCGUAUCAUUAAAUGAUUUCAAACAAAUAGAGAAGAAAAGAAAACA